AACACCAGGUACCUCACUGAGGGAGUUGCCUGCGUAUGUUCAUUUGCUUCCCAUCAUAAUCUUGGGACCGACGUUCUAUCUCUGUCCUUUUUAUAGCCAAGGAUGCGCACAGCAGUUUAGGUGUUGGGACCGAGGCCACACAGUAGCUUCUCCUUUGCAGGGAUAUGUGAGGAACCUUCAUGGGGCAGUGUGCUAGCAUGCAUGUGCUACUCGGGGUCCCGGGUGUGCCAAACACUAGCACAUUUCUAGCCCUUAUAACAACUUUUGAGAUAGGGUCUCACUGUGUGAUCCAGGCCAACUUGAACUGAGAGGAAUCCUCCUGCUUCAGUCUCUCCUGAAUGCUAGAAUUGCAGGUGUGUGACAUCCUACCAAGCUCUUGUUUCUGUCCAGCAGUGAUAACUCCUGUAGUCUGUUAAUUCUAAUUACAUUGAUUAUAAUGAUGUGAUUACCUGCAUCUCACAGAGGCAGGGACUUUAUUCCGUUGUCUCUGUUUCUACGGGUAGUCUUUCAUGGCUCUCCUCUUAGCUUGACGGGUUUGCAGACCUUAUGUCUUUGGAAGCUGGCCACCCACGCAGCCUCCUUUUUAGAGUGCUGACGUGAGCACCAUUUUCUACUGUCCCAGGGUGAAAGGCAGAUUCGGAGACAAGAGAAGGGUGACUGCUGGAAGCACAAUGGUUGUGUGUGUAGCUGGGCAGGUCGCUCUUGGCCAGGGGCUGGCAGCUGCCGGGGUGCAUGGUGUUUGAGUCAGCCUCCCUGAGGAAGGAACACAGUGGCCAUCUACAGAAGGCAGCCACCGCGCUGCUCACACCCUGGCCGGGCUCUCAUGGUUUUUUUCUUUCCACUUCUUUCACUGUGCCUUCUUAAGACCCAGCCAUCCCCCAGGAGGACAAUGACCAAGGUCAAGGAGAUGGUGACCUUCAGGGACGUGGCUGUGGUCUUCAGCGAGGAGGAGCUGGGGCUGCUGGAUGCUGCUCAGAGGAAGCUGUACCAUGAUGUGAUGCUGGAGAACUUCAGGAUGCUACUCUCAGUGGGAGACAAGAAUCCUGAGGAGAUAGAGUCUCUUGAGGAAGUGGGAUUGAGGCACCUGCCACACGAGGCGCUUUUCUGCUCACAAAUCUGGCAGCAGGUUAGCAGGGACCUAACGAAGGCUGGAGACUGCAGAGUGAGCAUCAGGGAAACUGGCUCUCCGUUGAAAGAAGAUGAUGCACAUGGUGCAGACAAGAAGUACAGCAAACAUUCCGGUCAGAAACCACGGCUCCAACUCCACUGCGGAACAGACGGUGGUGAAGAACCUUACAGAGAGGAGAGGAGCGAGAGAGACUCUUGGGGCUCUCCUCUGCAGGCUAACGGGCGAACCCCCGCAGGAGAGAAGAGGUAUAGGUGUGAAAAAUGUGACCACGCCUUCUGUCGGUUAUCGGGUCUCCAAGCCCAUCAGGUGAGGCACACUGGAGAGAAGCCAUACAAGUGUGAGGAGUGUGGCAAGGGCUUCACUCGGGCCUCCACCCUUCUGGACCAUCAGCGGGGCCACACUGGAAACAAGCCCUAUCAGUGCAAUGCUUGCUGGAAGAGUUUCUGUCACAGCUCGGAGUUUAACAAUCACAUACGAGUCCACACGGGAGAGAAACCCUAUGUAUGCGAGGAGUGUGGGAAAGGCUUCAGCCAGGCCUCCCAUCUCCUGGCCCAUCAGAGAGGCCACACUGGAGAGAAACCCUACAAAUGUAGCACGUGUGGGAAGGGCUUCAGCCGCAGUUCAGAUCUUAACGUUCACUGCAGAAUCCACACGGGAGAGAAACCCUAUAAGUGUGAGACGUGUGGGAAAGCCUUCAGUCGGGUCUCCAUUCUCCAGGUGCACCAGAGGGUCCACAGUGAAGACAAACCGUACCAGUGCGCAGAGUGUGGGAGGGGCUUCACUGUAGAGUCACACCUUCAAGCGCACCAGCGCUCCCACACUGGAGAGAGACCCUACCAGUGUGAGGAGUGCGGGAGAGGCUUCUGUCGAGCCUCCAAUUUCCUGGCUCAUCGUGGAGUCCACACAGGCGAGAAACCAUAUCGAUGUGACACAUGCGGAAAACGCUUCCGGCAGAGGUCCUACCUCCAUGACCACCACAGGAUCCACACGGGAGAGAAACCUUACAAAUGUGAGGAGUGUGGGAAGGGUUUCAGCUGGAGCUCAUACCUCAAGGCCCACCAGAGAGUUCACACAGGAGAGAAACCAUACAGAUGUGAGGAGUGUGGGAAGGGUUUCAGCUGGAGCUCAAGUCUCCUAAUUCACCAGCGCGCCCAUGCAGAGGAUGAGGCUCGCAAGGAUUUGCCUGCAUCAGAAGGCUCACAGGGGAAACAAACUCUAUAAUGUUUUAUAGUUUGAUAUUUCAACUGGAAGCUGACCAGGAUGCAUUUUGAUGCUUGGGAGACCACAAUCAGAGAAGCCUUGUAAGUAGGAGCCAUGUAGACUUCAGUCAGAACCUUGACCUUUAACACAUGGAGACAGUAACUGGGGGAAAGUUGAGGGUGACCUGGAGGUAUCUCAAAGGAAGGAACCAGAUCACUUUCUUAUGUUGCUGGUUGCAACCCCAUGUGGGGCUUCAUUACCAUAAGUGACAGUCACAAGAUAUUUAGGAACACUACAAGCUUUCUGCAUAUCCAGUGACUAAAACCUCAGAAUUCAACAGGUUCUAGGAGCUUCUGGCAGCUCUUACCCAUGAUGCAACUGUGUGACUUCACUGCAGCCUUCCUCAGAACACACCAUCACCACACACAGGGCCCAGCCUCUCUGCUCAGGGCCGGCCUUGUUGUCUACGACAAAUUGCAUGGCUUUCUACAGUACACAUGCUUUCUGUUCUUCCUGAAGCGUUGCUCACAGAGCUUUCCCGCUCUCGGUCUUCAGUGCUGAAGCAGCAAGCUAGUUCAGCUGCAGGCUGUGUUGUGUGUCUCAGUGGGAUUUUGACCAUCCUCACUACUCCCCUUACAGAAAGUGUUCCACGGCACUACUAUGCAAAUUAGGUUUUGUGGCUAAUAAAUUACCA